CAAUAUUCAUGGCACUCAGCUGCUUAAAAACUCUGUUUUGCUCAAAGCGAGUCCAUUUUUAGUGUGCCGCGUGUGGCGCGCGUGGAUGACAGCGUGUCCCAUAGUUACGGAGUUAACCCAUUUGAUGUGGUCGCACUAUUGCACCGUCAAGUCACGAUAAUUCACCGCCCGUGACGAGCCCGUUUGCCGUAGUGAAGACUUCGUGAUAGGACUUUAUCGAAUUGGAUAUAACGUCUGCUGGGUGUUUUUUGUCUUCUUAUUUUGAUUCUUUUAUUGGAGUAUAAGCUUCCGUCUGUGUUCUCAUCAUGUCGAAACAACGGCGAAAAAGCUACGUGAAUAUUCUUCAAAAGUACCCCAGCCUUAACGAAUAUUCAGCGGAAAAGUUCUCCGAAAUUUUUAAUCAUUACGACACAAACGAUAGUGGUUACAUCGACGAUGAAGGCCUUGAUAAGUUCUUCAAAGAUUUGCUCAUGACGAUGUCAAGCAAUGAAGUAACCCCUGAACUCGUUAAAGAUCUCAAGGAUUGCUUUAUGGAGAGUUAUGAUGACGCCAAAGAUGGUCGAAUCGCCAUUACAGAACUUGCCAACAUCUUACCGACAGAUGAGAAUUUUAUCUUGUUGUUUCGUCGAGAGGAAAAUCUUCAAUCCUCCGUGGAGUUGAUGACACUGUGGAAAAAAUACGACAAGAACAAGAGUGGCUACAUUACAAGACAUGAGCUGGGAGAUUUCAUCCGCGAUCUUCUUGCCCAGAGGGGAAAGAAACUGGUUCCGGAGGAAAAGAUUAAAGAGUACGUCAAGGCAAUGUUGAAGAUUUUCGACAAAAACAACGAUGGUCAUCUGAGUUUGGCUGAAAUGGCCAGACUUCUUGCGAUCAAGACAGAAGAGAAUUUCUUGAUCACAUCAAGCCGAAUGGUUAAGUUCCAGGAUUUGAGUCCUAAGGAACGCAAUGCUCGCCUUAAUGAAGUCUUCGAUCACUAUGACAAGGGCAAGACGAACUAUCUUGAGGGUGCUGAGAUCGACUUGUUUGUUAAAGAUCUGCUGGAUUACGGAGGACUGAACGAAGGAGAUGAUUUUCAACAGGACUCAAUGCGGAAGGUACAGAUCUUCAAGCAGACUUUGAUGCAGCAUUGUGACAUUGAUGGAGAUGGAAAACUCAGCAAAGGUGAAGUUAAGAUGUGUAUUGGUAUUCACGAGUAGAGAAUCAACGUCCAUGAGGCCAUAUUUAUGGCACCAUUUUCCUUUUUUUCAAUCAUCCAUUUUUAUGUUAUGAAAUAAAGAGAUCAUUUUAAACGAAUGUAAGUGUGAAAGAACUAUUUUUUAAUUUGACAAUUUUUUUUCUGGAUUUGGAGAUAACUAGAGGUUACUUACUGUCAGCGCUUCAUAUCUUCGUAUACAUUCUUCAAAAAGUUUGCACUCAAAGUUGAAUGAUUUUUAACAUGUUUGUUGACGAUGCUGCGGUGAAAAUGACCUUGGCCUAAGGUGCACUGAGCAAUGCCUUCACAAACAAAUUAUUUUAAUUUGAAAGGGGUUUUCAAAAUGUCAUCCAUUCAAGUCAUGUAGAAAUUGAUUGUUUGUAGUGUACAAUCAUUUCAAGAAUCACUUUAAAGUGAAUAACCAAGUCGAAGGACAUCUUAAUUCAAUUUAUGACUAUUGGAAGAUACUGGAGAUAAUCAAGACAGUGUCUUGCAAUGUUUGAUUGGAUUAUCUUUCAGUUGUUUGCAAAUCCAAUGGACGUAUUUAAAUAUUGUGCCUUGCUGUAGCGAUUUAACGUAUUUUAUUACGGAGGUGCAAUUCACGAACUGAAACUUAGUCAUUUGUUUGUGUUUUCUCUCUUGGAUCUUGGCCAUCUGUUAAAGUGAUGUCUGAAAAGCCAUCGAUUGUGGGUUUCUUUGUGACAUAACUGAGGUGCAUAUAGGGUAUGAAUCUUAUCGAAGUCAAGUCUUUGUGUAUAAAGACAUACAUGGAAGAAACAGUUCUGUUAGGCAGCCUACAGUUAUCAUGAUCGCAGUCUAAACGUGCAACUGCAGAUUACACAGGAGUAAUUACAUUUCACUGUAUUUGUGUUUCAAUGUGCAAUACGUAAGUAAAGUUUUUUUAAAGUUAACUCAAUUCAGUCUAAUAAUUUUUGAUGAAAUUGGCUUAUAAAGCGUAAAUGCAACUCCAUAUUUAAACAUUUUAACUCUGUCGUAUUGAAUGUAAGUAUUUAAUUUAAGUCUUGAGUAAUUCAAACGGUUCGGAAACAUCUUAAAUACCAAGCUAUGUUUAAGAAUUAUAUUUAUUGUUCUUUCGGUAUAUAAGUGACAGUGGCACUAAGAUGCAACCUACACGCUUAAGUAUACUGUUUUGUAAUAACACCUUUUGCACUUAUUUUAAUCGUUUUGUAUAUAUAAGCUCUAAUUGGCACAUCAAUGGUACAUUAUUUACUAUUGGACUAAAGAACAUUAACAAUGCAUCGUUACUUUUUCUAUAACCUCUUUGGAACUCAAGUAAGACUUUAAUCGUGCAAUAUUAGACGAACAUUCCUAUCAUUUGAGUGGAUUAAAAAACAACGCAUUCAGGACAAUUAUGGAUACUCAUUUUUAAAUGCAAAAUAUAGAUAAAUGCAUUCCACUGAUUAAAAUCAUCCCAACUACUGUCAUUGGAAUGAUACUUCGAUGUCUUCUGGUCGUUCAACAAAAGAAAUAAUUCUUGUAAUGUAGGCGAUACAACAAAUAAAGUGAAAUUUUCAUUCAUAUGUCUCUAUAAUACUUUAUAGGACACUAUUAAUUUGUUCACUACUCUGUCAUUCACUUUAAAGCAUAAAGUCACUGUCUGUCAAUUGUUACUAGCUCUGAAUGAACUUGAUCUAUGUACAAAUAGGAUAUUAUGUUUCAAUCAUUCUAAAUUAAUGUUGACCAUUAACUAAUAUCGACCAUUAGGUUGACCAUUAACUAAUUAUGUUGACCAUUAGAUCAUAAAUGGAUGGCGGUAAUGAUAGUGCCAUCUUACAGAUCAUGACGUCAUAACUUUGCCGGUUCAUGAACGUUUCUAUUUAUAAGUUCUGGUUUGCAUUUCCACAGCUAUGGUCAAACUUUUCCAAUAACUGGGACGGGAGUGUGAAUACAACAUUUCAAAACUUAACAAUCAAAACUAAUUUUGUUUCCAAUACACGUUUGUUAGCGUUUUUGGGUCAUCGUUGUAACUUUACCAUACAUAAACUAUUGUCAUGUCAAUUUAUUCCAAUCUUUAACAACAAUGCAUACAAUUUAAAAAUACAAUGACCAAAUAAAAGAGAAGAGCAAACUCGGUGUCAGUCACUCCAUAACAAUUAUUCAAGCAGCUCUGCUAAAUGUACAUGAAAUAUCAAUAACAUAGUCUUGUACCGGUUGGACAUUUAUUGUGACAAUGUGAGCAUAUGAUAUUACGAUAUAAUAUGAAUAAAUAAGUUCAAGUUAAAAGCUGUAA